CAGAACCACAGAGGACGAGCUGAGAGCUGAAGACGUCUCGUUCCUGCUCAACUACAAGGCUGCAGUGGAACGAGUCAUGCAGCGCCCCCUGCUGGAUGAUCCACAGCUGGCCUCAGGAGCUCUGAUAGACAAGACCAAACAUUUGGGCAACCUGAGCUUCAACAUCUGGAACAAGAUGAAGGACGUGGUCUCCUACAGUCCUGUGGUUCUGGACCCAAACUCUGCUAGUCCAUGGCUCGUCCUGUCUGAAGACCUGACCAGUGUGAGAGCAGGAGAGAAACAGAAGCUUCCUGACAAUCCAGAGAGGUUUGAUCUUUACGCCUCAGUCCUGGGAUCUGAGGGUUUUAACUCAGGGACUCACAGCUGGGACGUCCUGGUUCGAGACAGUACACGCUGGACACUGGGUGUGUCAGCAGAGUCUGUCCAGAGGAAGGGAGACGAUCUGUCUGGAACGUGGAGAAUAAGGUUCUAUGAAGGUAAAUACACAGCAUGGUCACCAUCAGCAUUAUCUGUUCUCUCUGUGCAGAAGAUCCAGAGGAUCAGAGUGAAACUGGACUGGAACAGAAAAAAACUGUCGUUCUCUGAUCCUGAUACUAACAAACACAUUCACACCUUCACACACACUUUCAAUGACAAGAUGUUUCCAUUCUUUAACAUCGGAGAUCGUCGUCACCCAGUGAAGCUGUUACCUGUGAAAGUCUCUGUGACGCUGGAUCAGAGACGUUAGAGACAAAGAUUUUAUUCAUCAUGUUUAUUUCUUCAAUAGAAAUCUGCAAAAUUUAAAUGUUAAACUCGUUAUUCUAAAGCUUUGUUUAUUUCUCCUUUUACUUCUCACUCAUUUUUAUUUCUCCUGUCGACUU